GCGGCGGGCCCGCGGCGUCGGCCUGUGCGGAUGUCGUCCUGGGCGGACGAGCGCGGCGGCGAGGGCGACGGGCGCAUCUACGUGGGGAACCUUCCGAGCGACGUGCGCGAGAAGGACCUGGAGGACCUGUUCUACAAGUACGGCCGCAUCCGCGACAUAGAGCUCAAGAACCGGCACGGGCUCGUGCCCUUCGCCUUCGUGCGCUUCGAGGACCCCCGAGAUGCUGAGGAUGCAAUUUAUGGAAGGAAUGGCUAUGAUUAUGGCCAGUGUCGUCUUCGUGUGGAGUUCCCCAGGACUUACGGAGGUCGGGGUGGGUGGUCCCGUGGUGCAAGGAAUGGACCUCCAACCAGAAGAUCUGAUUUCCGAGUUCUUGUUUCAGGACUUCCUCCAUCAGGCAGCUGGCAGGAUCUGAAAGAUCACAUGCGAGAAGCUGGGGAUGUCUGUUAUGCAGAUGUACAGAAGGAUGGAAUGGGGAUGGUUGAAUAUCUCAGAAAAGAAGACAUGGAAUAUGCCCUCCGUAAACUGGAUGACACCAAAUUUCGCUCUCAUGAGGGUGAGACCUCCUACAUCCGAGUUUAUCCUGAGAGAAGCACCAGCUAUGGCUAUUCACGGUCUCGGUCUGGAUCUAGGGGCCGUGACUCUCCAUACCAAAGCAGGAGUUCUCCGCACUACUUCUCUCCUUUCAGGCCCUACUGAGACAGGUGGUGGGAAUUGUUUAUUAUUAUUAUUGUUUUGGUUGAGUUGAGCUGCUUUGCACUCAAGAAUCUACAUUCCAGAUUGGUAAUUUAGUGUUUUAGGAUUUUUUUUUAAAGAAAAAAGAAAAACUACAUAAUUUUCUACCGGGACCACCAUAUUAGCAGUGAAAUGUUUUAAACUGCAGAAAUUGUGGUUUUGGUUUAGAAACAAGUUGUAUAUUGUUCACCCUGAUUAUGGGGGGGAAAAAUCAGUGUUGUCUUUUUGGGUUACUCUGCUCUGGUGAUCAGCAGUUAUUGUGACUGAGUUGGCCCAUUUUGUUUAGAAAUAUAUUUUUUAAAGUUUAGUAA